AUGGUCAAUCAAUUAUAUGACAUAGAUAAUUUUUUAUUUCGCAAUAUUUUUGCUGGAAGUGACAAAUUUUUACCACCAAAAUUACAAAAUAAUUCCGUAAGUUUAGAAGCUCUUGCAAGAAUUGGACUUAAAAGUCAAAUAAAUGGUGAUACCUUUAUUGAGUGCGCACAAGAGGUUGAAUCACAAAUUAUUCAGAAUAGAUUUUCAGCAAGUUUGAUUAAAAUUCGAGCAAAGGAAUUGGUACUAUAUAUGUAUGAACAUAUUGAAACACUAGAUUUUGAUGAAGAACAAUGGGAACAAAUUAUAGAAAUCAAAUUCAUUCAAAAGAUGCAAUCAAUUCAAGAAAACAGUAAUGAACAAACGAAUUUUUUAAAAAAAAAAUUGAUGGAAGUUAGACAUGCUCAAGAAUUGCAAUCCAAAGAUAGAAGAAUUAAAGCCGUUACUCAGAGGCAACUAGGAGCUCGCGGCGACCUCCAACUUCUCAAUAAAGUUAUUGGGCGAGAACAACAACAUAAUUUUCAGAUUGAAAAUUUAUGCCGCUGGGUACGCUAUAAAAUUAAAUUAGUUAAUCCAAGAAAUUAUGGCGGUAAAACUGCCGCAAUUCCAAUUGACAUAGCAACUGCUCAAAAAGAAGAUAAAGAGGUAACGAAUAUUAAAGAAGAAACAAAUCUUGAAAUAGAGUUAAUUUUAGAAGAACGCAGGGCAAACUUGCAUGAGAUAGCGGCUAAAGAAAGUAAUGAAGGGUUGCCCGAAAAUCAAGCAGAUAUAACGACUCUAAUGGUUCCUUCUAUACUUGUCACGCUGUCGUCGUGUAAAUACAGCUUGUUGGUCUAA